GCUUCCUGUUUCCCGCAGUUCUCUCUCCCCGCCUUGGGUGGUGGCCGCUGCUUCGUCCCCGCUCGCAGGCACAGGGCGGAGGCGGCCGCGACACGCUGCGGAGCGCUCCGCCGCCGGCUGCCUUCUCGCGCGGCGCUCCCCGCCCCGCCCCGCUCAGCGGCCGCGAUGCAGGCCAUCAAGUGUGUGGUGGUGGGCGACGGUGCUGUAGGUAAGACAUGCCUACUCAUCAGUUACACAACCAAUGCGUUUCCUGGGGAAUACAUACCCACAGUCUUUGACAACUACUCUGCUAAUGUAAUGGUUGAUGGCAAACCGGUCAAUCUGGGCCUGUGGGAUACAGCUGGUCAAGAGGACUAUGACAGACUACGCCCACUCUCCUACCCCCAAACAGAUGUCUUCUUAAUCUGCUUUUCCCUUGUGAGUCCUGCUUCCUUUGAAAAUGUCCGUGCUAAGUGGUAUCCUGAGGUGCGGCACCACUGCCCCAACACUCCCAUCAUUUUAGUGGGUACCAAACUCGAUCUCAGAGAUGAUAAAGACACUAUUGAAAAACUGAAGGAGAAGAAGCUGACUCCUAUCACCUACCCACAGGGCCUUGCCAUGGCAAAAGAGAUAGGUGCAGUGAAAUACCUAGAAUGCUCAGCACUUACACAGCGAGGCCUCAAGACAGUGUUUGACGAAGCUAUCCGAGCGGUUCUGUGCCCCCCGCCUGUAAAGAAGAGGAAGAGAAAAUGUCUGCUGCUGUAAAGUCACCCUCCCCCACCCCUCCAAACCCUGUGCUUUGCUCAGAACAAUGGAGCAUUCACAUUCAAUGCCAAGUUUGUCUAUUAUAAAUUAGUUCUCUUCCAUAAAUUUUUGAACCAAUCAAUAAUUCCACGGUUUCAUUUGUUUGAAGUAUGAAAGUUCCUUUUCAUUCUACUAAAAGCAAAAUCCUAAAAGACAAACCUAUAUAAAGCCUUAUUUUUAAAAUCUUAUUCUUGCUCAAUUACUUAAGCGUUGCCAAACUAUCUGCUGAACUAAGUUGUAUUGUGCUAGGAACGAACACUAAGCACUAAACUGUUUUUUAAAGAUUCUUCUUGAAGAUGACUCUAAUUUCUGUUAGGAAAUGCAAAAACACUUUCUAGUUUUUCACAGUGACAGUACCGUAUAAUUAGCAAAACACUGCAGUCCAACAUUUUAUUAUUAAAUGUUUUCUCAACCCAGGGUCAUUGCAUAGCAUUGUAUAGUGAACCCAAGUCACUGACAGUGACUGACAAGUCACAGUGUAAAAUGCUUUAUCGUUGGUAAGGGCUUGGUUGCAAUCUAGUUCUUGCUGCUGUGAUUUCAAAAACAAAAACUGUUCUUACUGAAGUAUCUUUAGUCCUUUUGACAGCGUUGUGUCGUGAUGAAACAGUGGCUUGGAUCAACUGAUAGUGCCAGACAGUAUUUUGACACUGUACAGAUCAAUUUACACUACACUGCCAGAGUAGUUGAAAUUGAGUCAACUCUACUUAAGGUUAAAAUUGGUGACUGCUUCCCCAGGUGUGCAGUAGUGGAAGAGAGGUUGGUGUUCAUAGGUAAAUUCCUUUGACGUUCACAUAGGGCAUUCAUUUAGCUAGUUUUGAACAGUCAUUCCCACACCUUGUGUAGUAAAUGCUUUUCUUGUAGAAUCUCUUCUUACUGAGCAAUAGAGCUUGUAUUUUAAAACCUUUCUGAUGAUAGAUUUUUUUUUAGUUAAGUAGAAUGAUCAAGCAUAGCCUUCUUCUGUUUCUGUUAUUUCCAACCCAGUAAGUUAAGCUUUCUGAGGAGCUUUUAGUCUAUUAACUAGGUGUACAAAUCAUGUGAAGCAGCUUUACACAUCCUAGCAAUUUUUAUAUUUUAGACCUCUAUAAUCUAUGAACCUUCUCAGAUGUCACUAUUUGCCAGAUGUCCCCAACACUGUAACAUUACUAAUGCAGACAAGUGUUCUUUGUCACCUCCAUGUCCAUGUGCAGCAUAGAUUGAGUAAUGGUAACUUGGGUCUGUGAGGUUCUGUAAACUAGUGCUAAUGUUCUGUACAUCCUCAGCUGGCAGGAAUACAGUGUUGAUCUACACCCUUUCGACCACGAAAGCAAAACUUAAAAGUUGCAAAAUUGUGAAGUUUUUACAUUGAUCUUUUGCUAAUGCAAUUAGCAGUAUGUUUUGCAUGUAUGACUUAAUAAAUCCUUGAAUCACA